UUCCUUUUCAAUUUUUCAAUCGUCUUCGGAUCGGUGCAACUUUUUGGUCGUGUCAAAACAAGACUCAUCCAACACCAUCCGUCUCUUUUAAACACCAGAAACACUAAAAACGAAAUCAUCAUGCCGCCCAAAAUGGAUCCCAAUGAGAUCAAGAUCGUGGUCUUGAGGGCUGUUGGUGGUGAGGUUGGAGCAACAUCAACCCUUGCUCCCAAAAUUGGCCCACUUGGUCUCUCCCCCAAGAAGGUCGGUGAUGACAUCGCCAAGGCAACCCAGGACUGGAAGGGCCUGAAGAUCACAGUCAAGCUGACCAUCCAGAACAGACAGGCGACUGUAUCUGUCAUCCCCAGUGCUUCAUCCUUGAUCAUCAAGGCUCUGAAGGAACCGCCAAGGGACAGGAAGAAAGUUAAGCAUGUAAAGCACAGUGGAAACAUGACCUUCGAUGAGAUUGUCAGCAUUGCCAAGAUUAUGAGGUCGAGAAGUAUGUCCAUCAAGCUGUCGGGAACUUGUAAAGAGAUCCUAGGUACUGCUCACUCUGUUGGCUGCACCGUUGAUGGCCUCCACCCCCAUGAUGUCAUUGAGAAGAUCGACAGUGGCGAAUACGAAGUGCCUGAGGAAUAAGAAGUAAAGCGCACUGGAACAAGAAAAAGGAAGAUUUCAAAAUAAUAUGUAAAUCUUUAAAAAAAAAGAAAUAAUGAAACUGAA